AAAAUUCAGCACUUGCAGUCUUUGCUAGUUAAAGGCUGCAAUUCCAGUUAUUCCUGCAGCAGAAAUGCCUUAACCUGUGGUUUGCCCAGCCACCAUCUGAAGAGCAGCCAAAGUCCUGCACUUCUUUCUUCUCCUAAUGAGGAGCUCUUCAGAGCUGCUUCAAUGUUUCUUAAACAUGAAGUAAAUUACUUUUUAGGCUUGUCUACAUUCACAGUGACCAAUGAGCUCUGGGAAGUGUUUCUGUAUAAACUACAGCAAAGCCACAUCCUUAAUGCUUUCCCUCUGCUUGCCAACAUAAACUACUCCUCAUCAGGCAUGGCUGGACUUCUUACUGUAUUGGAGAAACUCGAGAUGUUUCUCUACCUCUUGGGGUCUGAAAUUGCUCCCAUUCCCCAAGCAUCCCUCCCUGCUGGAGACUGCAGUGUAAUCUAACCCGGGUGGAUGGCAAGACAGAAGUAUGAGUUAUGAGGCAAAAAUCUUUUUUUUUCCGUCGUUUUUCUUUAAAUGGCUUUAUUUCCUUGUGUUUGCUGCAGACCAGACUUGCAGUAGUAUAGAAAAUAAAUGCAAAAAUUAUAGUUUCCAAAUUCCUUGGGGGAAGGGAGUUUGACCAGUGUUCCUGUGAAUAAUUAGCUUAGACACAGGCAGAACUGUUCCUGCCUGGGACAGCUUCUUCCUGUUCUUCACGCUGUUUGUGCCUAAUGGUGCUGUGGAGGUGCCAGGAGGUGCUUCCUCCUCCUCCUCCUCCUCCUCACCCAGGGGCUGGGGCAGCACUAAGUCAGCUCAGGGAGCUCUUGCCCAUGUGCCUGCAGCACCCGGGCAAGUGUGAUGCAAGGGUUUUGUUGUUUAUUGAGGCCCCGCAGGGUGACCUUGAGGCUGGUUAAGGAAAACAUGUUGGCGUGUGAGCUCAGCUGUCCCCUGAGCAGCAACCACCACUGGCAAAGAGCAUCUUGUAACUUCGAGCUGGUUAAUUAGGGGUCUGAACUGAGAAGUGAGUGCUGAACUGUGCCUUAGGCAUAAGGACAUUUUUUUGAAAGCAGCCUCCAGCUCUGCCACAACACAGGUGUUCACUUGUACCAUUGCUUCAAAGUAAUGUAAUCUGACCAUUCCUGGGACCCUUGGUCUUAAGACUGGUCUGUACUGGGGGGUCUUUGGGGUGCCUUUGACCAUGAGCUGCAGCUCUGUGUUUGCUGUGUGAGGAAUGCUGUGACAUGUGGCCAGGGCACCCAGGACACAACCUAGGGCACAGUUUUGCCACCAAGUGUUCCUGUCAAAGGAAUGGUGAAUGCUGCUGCCCCCAGUGUGCCAGAGCUGUCCUCAUGGCCCUGCUGGCAGGUUCAGCAGGGGCUGAGCCGCAGACCCAGGCAACAAACCCUGCUGAGAGUUUGACAUUUUCUGUCCUCUCUCCCUGUUACUGCCGUUCUGACUUUAAAAAUAGAAUAAGAUUGUCUCAUCUCAAGGCAAAGGCUUCUCAAGAGGGUUCAUUAUGUCACAUGUAUUAUCUGCUCUGCAGAUCUUUUUAGGCAAAUAUGAGUAUUUUUUUUAAGUUGUAUACUAGCUUUUAUAAACCAAGGUCUGCAGCACUCCCACACACGACACGAAGGUGAUGCUGAGUUGCCCACAGCUCAUUUGAACAUACAGCUGCCUGAGCAGGGUGCUCUGUCCGGGAGGAGGGGGUGGCAGGGGGUACCUGCUGUGGGCUUCCCAGCAGUUCACUCUGUGGCAAGGGCCGUGUUAGCACUCUGAGGAGGUCUGGCAGCUUGCGCAGUCACAAGCAUUUCACUCUAGAAAUGUUACCAGAGACUUUUCAGGUGGUUAGAUCUCGUUUCUGCUCUUGCUGUAGCAGGCAGUGGAAACUUGGGAGUUUCCUGAGUGAUGUUUGUGAUGUGUCAGCAUGGUGCCACGUCACACCAUUUUUUCUAGAUAUGUGAAAGAAAGAGGAAACUGUCUUGCAGUUCAGAGGUAAAAGUGCCUUAAGCAAUGCUGGAAGAAAGUGCCAAACGAUGUGGUGGGUUUAAAUCUGAACUCUGGUUGAUGUGCUGAAGGUAAUGCACUCUUGUUCCUAACACUGCAAAUUAGGAUGUUUUUUCAUCUGCAAAGGGAUUCUCCUUGCUUUGACCCUCCAGUGAUGGCUGAUGAGUGUAUGAUAGUCCAGUAGUGGGGAGCAGCUCAGGGAGCGAUGGGACACAACUUCAAAGUAAAAGGAAGAGCUUUUUGUUUUUACUUUCUUUAGAGGAUCAAAUUAGCAGUCUGCUAAAGCCUUUUAAUGCUAAAACUUCCAGAGCUUAAACAAUGACCUGUGAAAAGGAGUGCUUGGAUCUGGACCCUGCAUAUGAUGAAGUCUGGCAUCUCCAUUAUGGCCAAUUAAAGUGACAGCAGAGUGUAAACACUCCUGAGUUCCCUGGCUGGCUCCUGGCUGCACAUGGCCUUUCUCCUCUGCCUUGGAGAAGGCACGAAGUCAUUUUGAACUUCCCAGCCAGAGGCCUUUCAGAACCUCUGUGCCCUCUCCUCGGGUGGUUCAGCAGGAACAGCCCAGAAGCUGAAGCUUGGUCUUCCAGUCGAAACCUGUUGUCCUUGAAUUGUGCAAUUGCAGAGAGACAGAUGUUAUCCUGCAGAGGGAAACGAGGCUGGCAGUGCACUGCAGCACGGGCUUGCCCUCUCUCUGGGGACUCUUCACUGCCUUUCCAGGAUGCUGUCCAGCACUCAAGCCAAGAUCUGGAUUUUAGGAAUAAUCCUGCCCCCAGAAGUUCCUUCCAAUACCCACAACAAUGUGUGAAGCUUUCCCUUAAAUGGAGCUUCAGAUAUUAGAUUUGAGUAACUAAACAAUCACAGGAAGCUAUUGCAUUGACCAAACUAAUUUUUGGUCCUAAAUAACUUCAUAUUUGAACAGCUUAGUAGAAUAUUAGUGCUCUGCAUGCUGAUCUUGAACUUUGAGAGAUUUUAUAUUCCCAGUUAUACGAGGAGACUGGGUGUUCUUCCGUGUUCUGCAACAGGAGAUGGAAGUGGUUUCUUUGACUUACUCCCUCCCCCGUCAGCCUACCUGUGAGCAGGUACAGCAGCUGUGCACAGGCACAGCAACCUGGGUGAGAGAGAGAUGUGGGCGAUAGCCAGAUGUGGGCAGGAGGGAGCCAGCCCUGGGUGAGAGCUCACUCAUGUCAUGGGCACAGAGGCACAUGUGUGGUCUCACUUAGUGCUCCUACAGUUUCCUCUUCUGUCUCUUCCUCGUCUCUCCUGUUCCCCAUCAGAUCAAAGGGUAGAUCAGCACCUCCCCACCUCUGCCUGACAACUGAAAAGGAAAGGAAAUACGCUGGGGAAAACCUGUGCUUUAAAAAAUGUAGCCCACUUGGUGUAAAUAUGCAAAUGUUUGUAGAGGAGUGGCUGUUUCUAAAACACAUUAGUGAGAAAUGCUUCACGCCCUUCUUUGUCAGUCGGUAAGUAAGAGAAUACUUGUCUUCCAAUGCAGUGGCUGCUUAAAUAAAGAUGAGAGAGCCUGGAUUUUCUCUUAUGAUGGAGUGCAACAGGCGGUGAAAUCCAGGACUGUGCCUACUUGGACAGUGAAAGCACCUACAGCGAGUCAGAGCUGUUUCCUGAUGAGGAAGCGAUGACUCUGGCACAGCAGGAGGUUCACCAUGAGUCUGACAUGGACAGUGCCAUUGAGAGCGCCCAGAGCUCGGAGGCCUCGGACGUCUGUCGGAGCGAGGACAAGGACGGCGUGCUCGGUGGCCUCUUCCUACCCGGUGACAAGUCAAGUCAUCACAACCCUUCCGCAGCAUCUGACCUCUCCACUUAUUCCACCGCCUCCCUGAUCAGUAAUGAAGAACAGUUUGAAGACUAUGGGGAAGGAGAUGAUGUGGAUUUUACUCCCAGUAGCCCAUGUCCUGAUGAUGAGAGCAGAACCAACGCCUACUCUGACCUUGGCUCAUCUGUAUCUUCCAGUGCUGGCCAAACCCCCCGAAAAAUGAGACAUGUUUAUAACAGCGAGUUACUGGAUGUUUACUGCUCACAGUGCUGCAAAAAGAUAAAUCUCCUCAACGAUUUGGAAGCCAGGCUGAAAAACUUGAAAGCAAACAGCCCUAACAGGAAAAUAUCAAGCACAGCUUUUGGAAGACAACUCUUCCACAACAGUAACUUCAGCAGCAGUAAUGGCAGCACAGAAGACUUGUUCAGAGACAGUAUAGACUCCUGUGAUAAUGAUAUCACUGAAAAGGUAACGUACCUAGAGAAGAAGGUGACAGAACUGGAGAAUGAUAGCCUGACAAACGGUGACCUGAAGAGCAAACUGAAACAAGAGAACACACAGCUGGUUCACAGAGUUCAUGAACUAGAGGAAUUAUUGAAAGACCAAGAAACAUCAGCAGAACAGACUCUGGAAGAAGAGAUAAAGAGACAUAGAGAAGCUUACAGCAAGUAUGAAAAAGAGAAAGGCACUGAAAUUGAACUGCUAAAUACAAGGGUUCAGCAACUGGAAGAAGAAAAUGGUGAUCUGAAAAGCACUGUCACACGGCUGAAAUCCCAAACAGAGAGAUUGGAUGAGGAGAGGCAGCGCAUGUCAGAUAGGCUGGAGGACACAAGUCUGCGACUGAAGGAUGAGAUGGAUUUGUACAAGAGGAUGAUGGACAAGCUGCGGCAGAACAGGCUGGAAUUCAACAAGGAGAGGGAAGCCACACAGGAGCUCAUUGAAGACCUGCGGAAGGAACUGGAGCACUUGCAGCUGUACAAGCUGGAAUGUGAACGUCCUGGACGUGGGAGAAGCUCUUCCUCCAGCCUGAGUGAAUUCAAUGCCAAAACCAGAGAGGUGGAAAUGGAGCAUGAAAUAAAACGGCUGAAGCAGGAGAAUCAGAAACUUCGUGACCAAAAUGAUGAUCUUAAUGGACAGAUUCUAAGCCUCAGUCUUUAUGAAGCUAAAAACCUCUUUGCAACGCAAACAAAAGCCCAGUCACUGGCUGCUGAAAUUGAUUCUGCAUCGAGAGAUGAGCUCAUGGAAGCCCUCAAAGAACAGGAAGAGAUAAAUUACAGAUUGCGACAGUAUAUGGACAAGAUAAUUUUGGCGAUCCUCGACCACAAUCCAUCCAUCUUGGAAAUAAAGAAUUGAAGAGCAUAUGAGAAGGAAAAGCAGCAACUGCCUGAUAUUUCUGCACAUGCCACUGGAUCUAAGCAGCACUCUGAUACUGUAAAUGAAUCUAUAAAUUAUAUAAUACACACUAGGUGUGAGUGUGGGUGCGCGGGUGUGUUUAUAUGAUGUUUGGUACACUGUUAUUUGUCAUUGAAUUGGCUUGGUUAGACUUUUUCCAUGCACUUUCAAUACCUGUGAUGAGAUGGACACUGUAUAUUAAUGUAAUAACAAUGUAACUGGAUCAUGCUGUUUUAGAUACUGGACAAAAUGAUUCUACCUCUAGUUGUAAAGGUAAAAAUAGACAAUGGAAACAUAUGGAUGUGGCCCUAACUUUAGGAGCAAGAAUUUUUUUCUUUGUUCUUCCAGGAAUUUGGGUACCACAAACCAUUUGGGUACCACAUACCCAGGUUCAGUUCCUGACUGGUGCUGACUGUGUAAUUUCCUAUUUGAUUUAGUUUUAGUACUUAAACCACACAUGAGAUUAAAAAAAAAAAAAAAAAAAAAAACCACCCAAAAAAACCAAAACCACAAUAAAAACCCACAAAAUUUAAGGAAAGGAAGAUACUGCAGAAUUUUUGCUAUUUAUGAAAAAUUACCAUCCAUUUGUUUGCCACUGUCAGCACAAAGUGUUUUUCAUGUAAGAUCACUUUGGAGUCUGCUUUUGGAUGCUCUGAGCCUGCUCUCUAGUAUGUGUGCAUGUGUGUUUUUUAUGCCAGGGUCCCUGUAGCAUUGAGGCAAUGAGGCUUCAAUUCUGUUCCCCUAUUUUCAGGGGUAUAUCAUGGGUGAUUAAGAUGAAUUCUGGGAUUCUGCCCCUUCCCCUCACCCUGAUUUUAAAGAUUUCACUGAAAGAACACAUUCCAGUUCUUAACAAAAAAAAAAAAAAAAUUAAAAAACAACAAACAAGCAAACAAAAAAACCCAGACCAAUAACAAAAUAUUUGCAUGAAAUAUCUCACCUUAGGGGGAGGAGGAGGAGGACCAGCCCUCAACAUGACGUGCUGAGUUGCUCCCACCCCAGACAGCUGCACUCCUUUGAGAAUGGCAUUUUCUGGGCAGGCUGUGCAGAGGAAGGGCUGGUUCCUGGCGCGGCAGUGGAGGACAGUCUGACAGAGUGGCUUCUACCUAUAGGACAGGAAAAAGAAAAAGAGCUUCAUCUUGCAGGAGUUGCCAGUCCAGACUGAGCACACACGUGCAUAUCUAAAGCUCUAAGUAGGGAGCACAUCCCAAUUUAGAUGAGCAGUUGUGCAGGUGCUUAACUUUAAGUGUGUGCUUCAUCUGCUCAUGGACAUCAGUGGGACAGAACAUUAAGCUUUAAAGUUGAGUGUAUGCUUAAAUGCUGCCUUAAAUAGGGAUGAUUUCAACAUGUGCCUGUGUUCACCAGAGCUGGAUCUAUACUGUAGGGCUAGGACAUUUUUAAUUAAUAAUGUAGCUUAUAUAAGGAGCUUAUGGAAUUAUUUGGGUAGUUGAAUGCUAAAAACAAAUUUUAUUCCAUGCACUUUUUUUUUUUUUUUUUAAGUAAAAGUUUCACACUUUUGAUUCACACCAACUGGCGCAGAAAAAUCAGCCAGAGUAUUUGGCUUUCCCCAGUGCAUAGAGAUGUUUCCUCUAUUGAAUACACUCCCCAGAAGAAUGUUACAGUAGCAAUGACUGUGCUUUUCUGUGUAUUUCUUGCUGUUAGCAGUGUCUUGCCCCUAGUAUUCUCUUGUUGUAUCUUGGUGUGUAUAUGUGAUGCAUUUUUCCUGAAUUUGAAUACAUAAAACUGUAUUCAGUUAGGGAUGUAAAUAUAUAUAAUUUUUUUUCUGCAAUCUCUGUGCUCUUGCCUUCAGUGAUGUGUUACUGGAGUGAUGGGAAGCAGGGGACGUACUGAAAUCAGGCUUUCUUGAAGGCAAGAAAAUAAAAACAGUUUGUUUCUAUGUAUCUGCAUAGGCAGGUGUAAAGUAAGUGGAAAGAGGAACCAGAGGACUGACUGAGAGACACAACACCCCCAGUGCACAAAGGUCUGCAGUGCUCUGGGAGAAAUGUGACAGUCUGGUUCAAACAGUCACAGGGCUGGGUUCCUGAGGCUCUGGGAUAAUCUGGAGGAAAGGAUUUAAAGACCACUCCUUUGCCACCUGGGAAUGGUGUAAGAUGCAACACUGCAGCAGCUUCUGUUUGUUCAGAAGUAGGUGGAACCCCAUGGAAACCCCACACAUCCACCUCUCCCACCUGCUGCUUCUUCUGGAUGUGCUGCCCAGAAGGUGGGAGAGGAACGGUUCAGCCAGCUUGGUGCUUCCUGUCUGCAGGACUCCUCACUUGCACUUUAGUGAUGGCAUUUCCCUUUGCCUGGUGCUGUUUGUGGGUAGUGCCAGAGACUUCACUCUUUUUGUAGGUCACAGAGAACUCUUCCACGCUGUUAGGGGGCUGUUGCAAACCUGCUGUGACCUGCAGGGCUGGGUGACACAGCAGCCCUGCUUCUGGAGCUGACUGUGUUGCACUGCUCUCCUGCUCUCAUGCAGUGCAUUUCAAUAAGAGUGAAGCUGUUGCAGCUUAGGCUGGUGACUGAAUGUUUUUACCUAAUUAUUUUUAAGUAAACUGGACUCUGGGGCUUCAAAAUUUCAGUGAUCUAAAGCCCAUUCCCACUAGGGUGGAAGUGUUGAGGACUGUUGCACUGAAAGCAAAGCCUGUGGAUUUGAACAGAAGAUAUUGCUAUAGUGAGAGCCAAGUUUUUGUGCAGAUUAUUAUAUGUAGGAGGUGAACAGUCAGUAGUAGUGACAUGUAGUCACCGAAUCUGGCUGAUAUCCCAAAAGGAAUGUUCUAGCCAAGGGUACUCAGCAGUGGAAAUUCUUUAAAACUUGCAGGACUUCUUGUUCAGCUCUGUACCCAGCUGUGUAAGUAUUUAGAAACUCUUCCUUGCUCCAGUGUUUGCAUUUGAAGAGAUGUCUUACCACCAUGUUGGUGGUGUUUGUAGCUGUGUUUUAUUGUGUAAAGGAGGUAUCCUUCUGCUCCUGUGGGGCCCUCAGUGUGGUACUGCCAUCUGUUACUGUGGAAGUCAUAUCCAGAUACUUACUAUGUUUGACAAAUAAUGUGAGUUGGAGGUGGGAGAAGCAUUUCACUGGCAGAUAUAUUUUCCUCUAAGGUAUCCACCUCUAAAAAUACUAAUUAGCAAUUGCAUUCUUAGUCUGAGUAACUACAGAUAUUAGAGCAAUUCAUCUUGCAACUCAAGCCCUGGAGAGCCCUUUUAUCCCAGAAAAGAAGUCAUAGUGUUUUAUGACAUGCAGGUAAUUUGGUAAUAGAGGAUCACUUGAUGGCUCACUGGGGCAGGGAGAAGAGUAAUCUGAUACCAGUGUUGCAGAGAGUGCAUAUUUUGAUCAAGUGUCAAACAGACACUGUCAGAACAGACAGGAGAUGUUGGAAAUGGGGAGACACUAACUUUGUUGUCUGUUCUCUGAUAAAUUUCUUACUUCUUUGCUGUGGACAUCCUUUGUAUUCUCAGGCUGGCCAGGAAAGUACAGCCUGCCUCUGUCAGUGUUACUGUUGGUGGAACAAGGGCCUCCCUUCCCUGGGUGAAUCACUUCAGACUCAGAAAUGUGGGAUCAUCUCCUUCUAGCAAUACACAGAUGCAGUAAACACUUCUGUGUCAAACCCAUGGUUCUCUUUAACCCUUGGGGAUGCAAACACAUCCCAGGUACUGUAUCUUGAUAUGUUCCUUGGUUCAUUUGACCUUAAAGCUAAAUGAUAUUCUGGUCAAACCUUCUGCAAACCACUACAGGUAUUUCUGGACAGUGAAAAAAAAAGACUGGCUUUUGGCUAGAAGCUGCCCUUGGUCAGGCUAAUGCCACACAAGGUACUGCAGAAAAAUUACCUCUUUCAAAACUUGCACUUAAAGAGUACCUGAAAUGUAGUCUCUCAAGAUUUUUCUGGUAUUGGCUGCUUCCCUCCAGACUUUAGUCUUCAGCUGCAGCCUAGUUCUGAUUUCAGAAUGAUGCUGAUUCAAAACUGCUUUGACAUCAAAAGAAGAUUUUUCAGCUUUUUGAAUAGCUUCUAUUUAAGACUGAAGAAUUAAAGAAUUUUUCUUGAAGUGCAACAUUGAUGAACUAUAACUCUCCCAUCUAUUUUUAAGGAACUUUAAAUAUGCAAAUAUGUAGGAAGUUUCAAAGAAACCCAGCAUCCAAUGAACUUUUGUUGCCAACUUUCCUUUCACGGUUGUUGGGAAAAAUUCAGAUAUUUCUCAGCCAGCUCUGUAGGGAGUUGAACACAGCAUUAUUAAUUCUCAAAGAUGUGUAUCAACAAAUAUUUUGCUGUCUGAGUGCAGCAAUGCUCCAUUUACUUUGGUAGAACUGCAUUGCUCUCCAGAGAGGAUCUAGGGCAGUAUUUAGGCUCCCUAAUCUGGUUUGUAAAUGAGGGCUUGGAAGCUGAUAUAUAAACACAGAUUGUGGGCUGCUACACGAGGCACUGCUCACUGGUCUGUGCAUCAUAGUGCCCAUGACAUGUGAUGAGUCUAAGAACUAGAAUUUACAAAUAAAAGAAUGCUUUUUUUACAUUCUUUAAUGGCAGUGAAUUUGCAGUGGUUUUCUCUUAAAACAAAUACUGUAUGGUGUGGUCUGAGGGAUUUUUUUUCCAAGGAAGGAAGGAAGUAGCAGCUGAUCAAACAUUUGCCAAAUCAGUGGCUUGGCUUAUACUGAUUAAAGUGAAAACUUGACUCAGACUUCAACUGAGCAGCUCCUAGUGUAAGCAGCAAUGCUCAUAUUCUUGUCAAGUAAUUUGUUACUCAAGAAACAUUGUCAAGAAGUCACGACUGGUUGGUUUAAGAUGACAUAGUACCACAGUUCUGAUAUUUUGUUCCUUUGCAUCUCAGUAUUUUUGAAUUCAAAAUAAUCUGAGGAGCAGUUUGUUGUUAAAUCAUGCAUGGGUUUCUAGUUAAUGAAACUCUGCAUAUAGCUUUAGAGUUUGAUGAAGAUUGCAGUCAGUGCUGGGUCUGAAUCCUGUCAUUCUGCAUAAUGCCCUGGGAGUUGGUCUGAUGUGCAAGAGAGUUGUUUCUUUCUGGGACUCUUCCUCAGUGUUCUGUUGACAUUUACAUUCUUGGUCUUGUCCCCAGCCACCAUCAGGUGUCUGUGUGCCUUGGGGCAGCACUUUGAGCAGAUGGGAGGGACAAAUUCAGUAUUCUUGGCUUCAGUGUGACUUUAGCUUCCAAGGCAAGAAUUUCAGUCCUGUCUUUAUACCAGGCCAGCCUGUCCUUGCCUUCUUUGUGGUCAUGAAAACUGGUUGUGUCCCAUGUACAUGACAAAACUUAGCUGGUUCUCAUGGUAUAAAAGCCGGUAGGGUGAAUAAACUGAGGGUGAUCCAGGUGAGGGAUCCCUGGGAUGUGCCUCAGUUCUGUGCAGAUGUCCCACUGCACGCUCUUCUGACACACUCUGGAGGCUCAGGCCUGCAGCUCAGCGUGUCCAGCACAUCGCAGAGGUCACAGCAGCAGCCCGUGAGGAUCUGCAGGCAAAAUCUGCAGGCAGGGCCACGCUACCACAGUUUGCCACAGUGUGGAGCCAGCUGACAGGGCUCCUGGUGUUCUCUGCACCUUCAGCCUGCUGGCUUCAGUCCGGGGCUUUUGUUCAACUGCAAAAGUAGUACCUGGUCAAACAUACUGUUAGAGAGAUUAGCUUUUACUUAGACUUUAAAUCUAAUGAAAACAUCAACAAACAUGGGCUUCUGCAGUGUAAUUUGGACACCUAGCCCUGGAAUGGCAGUGCUGUGAGAGGAGCAGCUGUGAGUGGACAGUUUAGUGACACCUGAGCUGUCAGCUUUGCUGUCACUGUUCUGGGCACAGUGACACCCUGGAAACCCCUCAGAGCCACUGUGCCCUGGGGGGGCAGGUGACUGUUCUGGGGAACACAUCUGUGCAGGGGUAAGGGGGCUGCAGACACUACUCCUCCCAGUGAUGAGCUCACACUGCCUAGCAUCAGCCCUGAUUUAUUUACUACUUUAUCCAUAGCUAAAUUAUUCUGGCUUUGGAGAAAGGACAUCAGAAGGAGAAACAAGAAUUUAGCAUCCUGUGAACACUUCAGUACACUACAGGGCAGUAAAUGUUGCACUGAUAAAUGUUUAAAUGCUGAGAUAUUUUCAGAAUUACUGUAAAAUCAGUUGUGAGAGCCAUUUGUUUUUCUCUGUUGCACAGACUAGUCACUUUUUUGCAUGGUUACCUAUUUUAGUACUUGUGCCUUUUACUUCUUUGUUGUGAGGAUACAUUUUAUUUUCACGUUUUAUCAUCUGGUUUUGGACACUUUUUAUAUACACUUCUUUAAUCAUCUGGUUUCUUGUAAUGUACAUGUGUACAUAUAAAAUAGAUCAGAUUUGUAUUCAUGUGCCUCUGAGAUGUAAAAAUAUUCAUUUUGUACAGGUUUUUUUAGAAGCACUAGGUCAUGGUCUAAAUUACGUAGCAAAUGAAAUUUAACAUAAUUAGCAGUUCUUUGUCUUCUUUUAGGAAUGUUGUGUCAGAUGGUUGGUCUCUUGUAAGGCAAUGUCACACACUGCAGAUUUAUCGGUUUAGUAUUGUUUUGAGACCAAUUCUAUCCACUUGUUGGCUUAAGUUAAUUCAAAAUAAUAAAACACUUAAUUAAAUGUUACAGUCCUGACUUGGUGAUUAUAGUUUUUAUUUCCAUUAAAGCAAAUUUGCUUCCUUUUAUACUUGAAAUGGGCACCAGACCAAAACCUCAUUUGAACACAUUGCCCAUUUCAGGUUAACUUCCAUUCUGGGAUUAUUUUUGUGAGAUCAGGCAAGUGAUUUACUUUGACCAUUGAAAUGGAAAAAGAAAUUGCAUUACCAGUUGAUAGACUCUCCAUCUUGGAGUGCCUAAAAUGCUUUAGUUACUCCUUGUCUUCCCUGCCUGGCUUUUGUGGCAGCGUUUCCUAAGGACAGACCCUGGAUCUGCAUUCCUCUUGCAGAUGUGAGAGAUUGGGUGUCUUGUUCUUCACAUUUCAGCAGAUGCUGAACAAACUUCUUCCCUUGGGGUUUGUAGCACAGCACUCUCCCACAGCAUUUGGGAAGCUGUAUAGAUGCAUUGUGAGCCUGGACAUCUGUAACUGGUAACAAGGGCCCUGGUCCUAGAAGUGUCCUUCCCUCCCUCCAACCUCUUCUUGAGCUGGUGGUUUAAUUUCUGGAGUGUUGACCCUGCUCAUCUGAUGAGAUCCUCAAAUUGUUCCCUCUGUUACACCUUGUUGUUUAUCAAUAUCCCACUCACCAGCUCCCAGACAGUGAGAUAAUAAACUGUGGUAAGUCUCAAGGAAAAAAUCAUCAAUAUCCCCUAAAUCUUUCAAAAAACCAAAGUUUUUAUCUAGAAAAGAAUAUGUUCCUUUAUCACAGAGCAGAAAUUUUUGACUGAAUUUGACACCCAUUUCACAGAAUAUAAAGCUACCUUAGAAGCAAGGAGGUGGUUUUAUUUUUUAUUUCAAGGCUGCUUGGUAUGAAAAUGAGCAAAGUUCACUUGCUCCAUUGUUUCUGAAAAAAAAAAGCAACCAGCAAAAGUGGCAUAUUCCUAUUUUUAAUCUCAUUCUGUUAUUUAUAACAUCAGUGAAGUGAUGUCAGUACUGUUGCAAUGUGCCAUUACACUAUUUUCUCUGUAUUUUCUUGAAAUAUUUUUUGGGGACAAUAAAGCUGUCCUUGCUGAUGUGGAUCCUUCAGGUAGCUGUAAUGUACAAUCAGAUAUGUAAAUAAAUUAUUUGCUUUCCCUGCA